AUCCUAGUCGAGUUCAUUAACCACUGAGCCACAACAGGAACUCCAAAACAAUUUUUUAAAAACACACAAAUCUGUGAUAAAAUAGUAUAUGUACUGCUUUAUGAACACAAUAAAUGAUGAGAUCUAGUGACAAGCCUAAUAACUAUAAUUUCGAGGCAGUUUUGAGUGUCUCUGGUAUUUUAAAAUGUUAUGAAAGUUUUUGUGAUCUUAGUUGAUGACCAACUCCUUUGCUAAUACUAAUGAAUGCUGUUACCUAUGUUUAUCACUGAAGGCAAUAUUUAAUUUCUAUUAGAUGUUAAUAAAAUAAAGAUGCACUUCCCCCAAUCAUUUCCAUCCUGAAUUAUAUCCAUUGCCUCCAUAGUUAUGAAUCUCUGCUUUAAAACAUUCUAAGCUGGGGAGUGACACGACCAGAUUUAGAUUUUUAAAAAAUUCCUCUUGGCUGCCAUCUGGGGGAGCAGAUGAGGGUGAGAAGCCGGUUGCAGCCUGGAUGAGAUAGAGUGACACCUCGGAGUAGGGUGGUGGCAGUGGAGAUGGACAGGACGGACAGGUUUGAGAACUCUGUCUGUGGUGGGAAUGGGGGUAGUAAUGAGGGAGAAGAAAGCUCUGGAUAACUCAGAGUUUUCUAGCACUUUCUCUGGUCCAAGCACUCUGCUGGGCUUUGUAGCUGUUUCCUCAGGAGGGGGCUGUCAAUCCUGUCAAUCCCGCGGGAGAGGGUCCUUCCAUAGAACUGAUCCCAAUGCAAAGCAGAAUGUGAUACCCAAGGGCACUGGAUGCUCUAGGAGCCCACACGAGCUGUAGGGGCAACUUCUUUCUGGAGGAGAUUACAUUUGACCUUGAAGAACUGGUGAGGCUGCUAUCAAACAUUUUUUAAAAUUUCAACAAUGAAAACAACAUGACACUAGUUCAGAAAUAGGUUUUUAAAACACAGGAUAAAUAAUCCAGAAGAAACCUAAGUCCAUGGGGAGGGGAAGGAGUCAAUAAAUGGUGGGUAUUGGAAUCAUUGGUUUAUUCUUCGGAAAAAAAAAUCUGCUUAGAUGUGAAUUUGUUCUGCACAUCUAAACACAUUCCAGGUGGAUUAAGAGUGCAAUGUAAAGGGAAAAAAAUCAUUUAGAUUUAGAAACUUAGAUUCCUUUUGGUGGGAGGGAACAAGCAAUGUCAGGCAUCAAGGCAUGUUUGGAAGCUGUCGAGAAAUUCAGCAGCGGCUGAGCAGGGGUGCCUGGGAGGAGAGGGAAGGGAACUGGGAGAGGAGGCUGAGAAGGUCAUUUAGAGUGAAAUAGUGGAGAGUCUUGAUGCCAAACCAAGGCAACUUUCUUCUGCAAUGGGAGCUGUCAAGGAUUUGGGGGCAAAGGAGGGUACAUUUCAGGGUUGGUUUGUCUUUGGAACUAUUUCACCUUGGGCACCCGAGGUCAAUUCCCUCACAUACACUGAGUCAGUCAUUUCCUUAGAUAUAGAAUAGCAUGGUGAGUGGAUCUGGUUUCCACUUGGUCACUAGUUUGUCCUGUCUGGCCCUUAACUUUCCAUCCGUAAGAAGUUGGGGGUGGGGGGCAGCUGGGACCAGAGGCCUCGGUUCUGGAUCUGCUUCCGGCUCCCUCUGUUCCCAGACUCAUCCUGGGGAUGAUGGUGACCACCUCCUUUCUGUCCAUGUGGCUGAGCAACACCGCCUCCACCGCCAUGAUGCUGCCCAUCGCCAACGCCAUCCUGAAGAGCCUCUUUGGCCAGAAGGAGGCUCGGAAGGACCUCAGCUGGGACAGCGAAGAGAAUGCAGCAAAGACUGUCCUGAGGAGGCGGAGGCUCCAAUGGAUCUUCAGGCCAACUCCAGGAAGGAGGAGGAAUAUCGCAGGAACAUCUGGAAGGGGUUCCUCAUCUCCAUUCCCUACUCGGCCAGCAUCGGGGGCACUGCCACCCUCACGGGCACAGCCCCCAACCUCAUCCUGCUUGGCCAGCUCAAGAGUUUCUUCCCACAGUGCGACGUAGUGAAUUUCGGCUCCUGGUUCAUCUUCGCCUUCCCUCUCAUGCUGCUGUUCCUGUUGGUGGGCUGGCUCUGGAUCUCCUUCCUGUAUGGCGGGAUAACCCUGAGAAGCUGGAGAAAAAAGAAAUCUGAGCUCAGAACUGAUGCAGAAAAUAGGGCUCGAGCCCUGAUUCAAGAGGAAUUCCAGAACCUGGGGCCCAUCAGGUUUGCUGAACAGGCCGUGUUCAUCCUUUUCUGCAUGUUUGCCAUCCUCCUCUUCUCUCGGGACCCGAAGUUCAUCCCUGGCUGGGCCAGCCUCUUCACCCCCGGGUUUAUUUCUGAUGCUGUCACCGGAGUGUCCAUUGUCACCAUCUUGUUCUUCUUCCCGUGCCAAAGGCCAUCUCUCAAGUGGUGGUUGGACUUUAAAGCUCCCAACACAGAGACAGAGCCCUUGCUGACGUGGAAGAAGGCUCAGGACAUGGUGCCCUGGAACAUCAUCCUCCUCCUGGGAGGGGGCUUCGCCAUGGCCAAAGGCUGCGAGGAGUCCGGGCUGUCGGCGUGGAUUGGCAGGCAGUUGCACCCCCUGGAGAACGUGCCGCCGGUGCUGGCCGUGCUGCUCAUCACUGUGGUCGUCGCCUUCUUCACCGAGUUUGCCAGCAACACGGCCACCAUCAUCAUCUUUCUGCCUGUCCUGGCGGAGCUGGCCAUCCGUCUGCGGGUGCACCCCCUGUAUCUGAUGAUUCCCGCCACCGUCGGCUGCUCCUACGCCUUCAUGCUCCCGGUCUCAACGCCCCCCAACUCAAUCGCCUUCGCCUCUGGACACUUGCUAGUCAGAGACAUGGUGCGGACAGGACUCCUGAUGAACCUGAUGGGUGUCCUGCUGCUCAGCCUGGCCAUGAAUACUUGGGCACAAUCCAUCUUCCAGCUGGGCACCUUCCCGGACUGGGCCAACAUCCACUUAGCCAACAUCACAGCAUUGCCACCCACCUUGGCCAAUGACACAUCUCAGACCCUCUGAGUCCCCCUCAGGGACUCUCUUGGGGCUGGGCCCUCCCAGAAGGUUUCACUCUCAUCUGCUGCUAGGACCCUACAGGGCGAUCAGGCAGUUGUUCUCUGUGACCCAGGAUACAGCAAGCAAGGCUGACCUCCAGUGGUCCACUUGGGUCCGCAGUCUCGUUAUCUAGGAUACCUUCUCUUUUCUCAUGCAGUUCAGGGCCCAGCUACCUCCCGGAUCUGCUGCCUGAGAAACAGGCUCCUUUAUCUCUGAGCUGUGCUGUGGUUAGGAUGCAAGAAAGCCUGCUUUCGGCAGCAAUAAGCACAUCUGGAAGGGCAUUUGUCUUGGAGAGUCGGGAUGGGAGGCACAGCUAACACGGACAAGCUAGGUUACACUCUGGAGAGACCAUCGUGCCUUGGGGAAUCCUCUUCCUUCAAGAGACUUUGGGCUGCAGUGUCCUAGCCCAGCUCCCAGCUCUUCACAGCCGGUGUGUUCUGCUUGGGGUGGGGGUGGGGGGUCAUUCUGUGCCAGUCAUUUGAAUAUCACCCCUCUGAUACCAGCCAGGGUUCGUGUCAAUCUCUGGAGAGACACAUGACUCCCAAGGACACGGAGACCACACAAAGCCUCCUUGCUGCUUCUCUGGGCUUCUGAGCACACAAGGGGCGUUCUAUUCCUUUCUACCCAAACUCGUUAGGACUUUCCUAUUUAAUCUGAUCCAGUGUGGUCACAAUUCUGGGGUCAAGCCAGGUCUGGGCCCUGCUCUCUCACAGGUGACCCAUGGCCCCUCCACCCAGGCUUCUCCCACAUGUGGCCCGCAGGUCCUUUGUGGCUGCCGGCUUCUUCUUGUUCCGGCAGCUGGUCUUUACUUCCCCACCCCACUCCACCUGGAAGCAUGUUUGAUUAGCAAAGGCCAAAAAUGAAAGAGAAGUCAAAAGAUAAACUGGGGCCUUAUGAAAGGCCAGGUCAAACAUCUCAGGCAGGGAUAGGCCAUAAUCAUCUUUGACAGAUGAGGAUGAGUUCUCCUGAGCCAGGGGCUGGCCGGGCCUGUCCUAAAGGACUGGAUCCCUCCUUGUUUCAAGCAGGAACAUCGCAGCAUCCCCAGUGCCUAGCCCAGUUUGGAUCCAACAGGUGCUCAGGAAAUGUCUGUGGGAUCAGUGGCCAGGCAUUAGCCCAGCAUCAGAAAAGGUGCCAGUUGAGGCCCAGGACCCUCACUUCCCCCCUUCUCACCCCUCUGAGGGCUGAGGCUCCCCCUGCAGCUCAGGCUGGGAGGGCAGCUCCAGGGACUGAUCUUGUUCUUGGAACAGCACAGGUGAGUCGUGGGUGUUUCCCUGGGAGCAUCAGGGAAGAGAGGGGGUAGCUCCCCAUCCUUCCUAUGGGGGCACUUCAAGGUUUAGUCACAGUUAUGCCCAUGGGGCGGGGGUGCAUUCCUGUAGGAUGGGGGCACGGAGUUCACUCACAGGGAGACCCAAGGGGCUUGUAACUAGAUGAAUCAUGGUUUCAAAUACUUCUGAUUGAAAACUGCUAUAAAAUAAAGAAUGUUAAAUGCACACUGGGCCUAGAGAUUAUUUGCCUUUUUGGCCAUAAAAGAGCUUCAAAGCCCCAAAUUCUAGAACUGGGGGUUGCACAGAGUUGGCCUUCCUGACCUCACUUCCUCGCUCCUCUCCCUUCUCCACUCUGCUCCAGCCACACAGGCAAUCUCUCUGGCCUCGGGCCUUUGCAUGUGCUCUUCCCUUUGCUAGAACACUUUGCAACCACAUAUAUGCCUGCUUCCUCACUUUAUUCAGGUCUCUCUCUGCUCAGAUGUCACCUCCCCAGAGAAGGUUCCCUGACCACCUCCUCUAAAACAUCACCUCAUUACUCUCUAGUCCCUUACCCUGCUGUGUUUUUUUCUUCUUAGUAUUUAGUCAGGAUACUCUAUUAGUUAUUUUCUUGUUUAUUAACUUUCUCUCCCUCUCAAAUAUAAACGUAUGAGAAUACAAACUCUGUUUUGUUCAGUGCAGUAACUUCAGUACCUAGGACAGUUUCUGGCACAUAGUAGGUGCUCAGUAAGUGAAUAUAGAUCAAUGAAUUGAUAUGAGAAGUUAUGAGACCACAAUCUCUUCAAUCUGGGGUCUGUUUGGCUCAUUUCUUUGUUCAUUCAUCCUUCCAGUUAUUCAUUCAACAGUAUUUAUUUAGAACCCAUUAUGUGCUAGGUCACUGCCCUUACCCACGUGGAACUUAGCCAAGGAGACCGACAUUAGGCAGGUAAACAAAGAAAAUGUUUUUGGUCAUAACAUGGGCUAAGAAGAAAAUGAAGCUGGCCAACGUGACAAAGCUACUCAGAGGCUCCACUAAAGGGUGUGGUCAGGGAGGCCUUCUCUGAGGAGGCGACACCGAACUGAGACCAGGAGGAGUCAGCCAUGUGCUCACGGGGGUGUGGGAGGAACAGGGGUGAAGGGGUGGUACACAGUCAUUAGACAUAUGCUAGAGACUUGUCUGGAAUAUACAGGAAAUACUCCGAAGUCAGAAGAGACAAAUACAAAACACCGAGCUACCUGUGGCUGCAUGACAAAUCACCUCAAAGCUCUGGGCCUUAAAACGCCACGUAUUGGCUCCCAUAUCUGCAUUUGGUCAGAGUUCCGAAGUGUGGUUUUGUCUCCGCUAUGCAUGGUGUGGCUGGGGCCACUCUGCUGGGGGUUUGACUGGAGGUGGAAUGUCCAGGAUGCCUGUGGACCAUCCAGGGUCAUGUGGCCUCUCCAGGAGUCUACCCUGGACCUCUGCACAUGACAGUGGGCUUCUCAGAAGGCAAAGGCAGAAGCUACCAGGCCCCUUAAGUCCUGGGCUUGGGAGUCUUACGAACAACAAUUCUGCUACAUUCUAUUGUAGAAUCAAAGCUGGCCACAGGGUCAGCCUGGUUCCAGGGGAGGGAAUAACUCUGCUCCUUGAUGGGAGGAGUGGCAGCCAUGUACCAGGGAGAAGAUGACUGACCGUCAACUUUGGAAGCCUUCCACCUUAACACCCGAGAGAAAACUGAGUGAAAAUUAUGAAUACACCAUUCUGAAAAGGGAUUCGUAAGUGGCCAGCAGGAGUAUAAAGAGAUGCUCAAACCACUUGUAAUCAGAUGGAUGCAGGUUGAACCAAGACUCAACAAUAUGCCAAUCAGACUGGCAAAAAUUAGAGAAAUGAAUAAUAAGUGAUGGUGAAAUGGCGAGCCAGAAAUCCUCAUUUUCUGCUGGCAGGACAACAAACUAUUACCAUCAGCCUGGCAAGCAACUUGGCAGUAAUUAGGGAGAUUGAUUCUCUGUGUUCCCUAUGGGCCAUCCUAGUCUUGGGUUUAUAUCCCACCAAACUUAUCACACGGGUCCCUAAGAAGACACUGUAGAAGGAUAUUCAUGUUGCUGUUGCUUGAGGUCCCAAGGAGCUGGAGGCCACUGAGACGACCAUCACUGGGGAAGCGGGGCAUUUAACUAAAAUGUGGAGGAAGCACACUGGGAAUAUGGCAACAUGUGUAAGGGAUGAAACAGAGUGAUAGGGUGGACAUGGACGUAUUCCAGCAUGUACGUCAAAUAGCAGUGCAGCAUGCUUCCAUUCCUCUCCCCAUUCCUCUCAUGUGGGGAGAGGAAUGGAAGCCAUGAUGGCAAAUGAGGGGGAAAAAAGAUGAAUAAAAGUCAUUGACCGAGGAGGUCAAUAAGCCAUGUUGGAUGCCUGGCUCCAUUCAUAACAUCUACAUAACCUUAUCAGGUCCUUUACUGUUUGGACCUUGUUUUCCCCAUCUGAGAAACGAGAGUCAUAGUUAAGGUCUUGAAAGGAGAUGGUGAGCACAUAAACUAGCAGAGGGUCUAGUUAAAAGUUGUGGGCUUAUCUGGUCACUUAUGGAGACAACAAGAGAAAGUGGAGACCCUGGUGGUGGGAGGGCCAGUCAUGGAGACGCACCUCCCAGCCCGGGGUCUGAGGGACAGCUACUGACCUGGAGCUGGCAUAUUUAGUCCAAGGACACAUCCAGCCCUUGAUGACUCCAGAGGGAGGCAGCUGACCUGGACCUUCCUCCCCUCCCUUCCUCAGCCCUCCUGCUGGGGCUCCGCAGUGGCCAAACCCAGUUAUAUUGGUCGGGGUUCUCCAGAGAAACAGAACCAACAAGAUGUGUAUAUGUGGAAAGAGUUACAGUUCAAAGUCCAAAGGCAGCCAGCUGGCAGAAUUCCCUCUUGCUCAGGGGGAAUCAGCCUUUUGUUCUUUUCAGGCCUUCAACUGAUUAACUGAGGCCCACCACAUUAUGGAGGGCAAUCUGCUUUAUUCCGACUCCAUUGAUGUAAAUGUAAAUCUCAUCUGGAAACACCUUCACACAAAGAUCCGGAAUAAUGUUGGACCAACUAUCUGGAUACUGUGGCCCAAUGAAGUUAACACAUAAAAUUCACCAUCACAUCAACAGAAGCCAGAAAUGCAAGGGAGUCCUUUGAUGCAGCCUAUCCAGAUCCUCCUUAAUAUUUUCAAAUAUCUAUUACAUGUUGCAAGGAUAAUAUUUUGGAUGUAUAAGAUUGAAUAAAAUAUUUUAUUAACAUUCA